AGGCUUUCCCCGCCUCCCCGGCCGGCGCUCCAAUCGGAAGAGGAGACGCUUGAGGGGCGGCUCUGCUGGCCAACCGGGGCAGGCCCUCGGGUCCUCCAUUCCUCCCUCCCUGCUGCGGAGGGGACGGACCGCGCUCCCGCCAGGCUUCGGGUGCCGGUGAGCUGUGACCAACCUCCCCCCCCCCCGGCCAGGAUGGCCUGCGCGGGGCUGCUGAGGGCGCUGGCUUCUCCUCUGCGCUGGGGAGCCGGCCCCCUCCUCCGCGCCCGCCUCCCUGCCGAGCAUCCUCCUCCGGGCUCCGGCAUGGCCACCCUCAACCAGCUGCACCGCCUGGGCCGGCCCCAGCGGCCUCCGCCCAAGCCGGGCCCCACCGCCGGCCGGCCCCAGCUCAAGGGGGUGGUGCUCAAGACCCUGAUCCGCAAGCCCAAGAAGCCCAACUCGGCCAACCGCAAGUGUGCCCGCGUGCGGCUCAGCACCGGCAAGGAGGCGACCUGCUUCAUCCCGGGCGAAGGGCACAACCUGCAAGAGCACAACAUCGUCCUGGUGGAGGGCGGGAGGACCCAGGACCUGCCGGGGGUCAAGCUCAAGGUGGUGCGCGGCAAGUACGACUGCGCCCACGUCCAGAAGAAGAAAUGAGGCCUCGCGGCUGGGACGCUGGAGCCCCCCUCCCGGCGCCCUCCUGCUGCUUAUAGAGGGGGCUGAUGGGGGGAGGAGGAGGAGAUUCUGGCUUGGAAUAAAAACGGCGGCUUCUUGGA